AUGAGUAGCCUUGCCCCGUGGAAUAUCAGCGAGCUACUCCUCCUGAUUAUAUCCUUUCUCGACCAGCAGUCCCUCGCCCGCGCUGCCCGCGUGUGUAGAAGCUGGUCCCAUGUUGCCCUCGACGCACUGUGGCGCGACGUCGACGAUCUACCCCGCCUUCUGGCCCUUCUGUGUCCCUACGCCAAACCAAGCAAGUUGACGACCAAGUACGGCGGUACUAUUUCCACAUACGUCUCCAUUCUGACCCCGCACCUGACGCGCUUGACGCUGCGGUUGAGCACCCCGAUCCACCUCAUAGAGGACGAUGUGGUCCCCUUCCUCCUCAGUCUCCGUAAAUUACAAUUCUUCUCCAUUUCACCGUACGGGCUUUCCACUAAGGUUGUAGAGGCGUUAUCCCGGCUGGGAUACCUCAAAGACGUAUCUCUACUGCCUCCUGGAGAGCGCGGCAAAGGAAAUCGCGCAGACGUCUUGGGAUUCCAGCCGCUUCUCAAGGAAGGCGCCUUCCCUGCUACUCAGCGGAUAUGUUUCAGCGCCGACAUCCCGCACGCAACGCGCUUGAUAAGCAGCCCAUUCUUCCCCUCGCAGCUAUCGCGUCUGUAUAUCCACGUUCUGUCGAUAGCCCACGCCGAUGUCCUGCAGCAAUUAUUCGCGACGAUUCGCGACAGUUGUCCCAUGAUCACGGACCUCCGUGUCGACUUUAUGAUCCACCCACACGUCCCGCUCUCCGUCCCUGGCUGGCCUUUAUCCGAGCGGCCGAACAUCGCGACCUUCCGCCCACUCUUCGACUGCCGACGCAUCACAACUUUCGAGUUCCGUUGGGACUACGCGCUCAACCUCACCGACGGGGACAUGGAAGAAUUCGCCGUGGCGUGGCCGCGGCUCGAGCACUUCCUGCUGAACUGCGAGCCCAUCAUCGAAUUCAACCCGCCCUUGGCGACGCUUGCCGCACUGCUGCCGUUCGCGCGACAUUGCCCGCGGCUACACACACUUGGCCUAUACAUGGACGCAGACAGCGCGCCAUCCGACGUUCCGGCCCUGCCUUUCGUGGCGCUCAGAGAGCUGAUGGUCGGCGCGUCCAAUAUCAACGAUAUCGACUCCGUAACGCUCUUCCUCAGCAAGCUCUGUCCGCUCGACUGCAAGCUUGUGGCCGGCGUGCGCUGGCCGGAUGCGUACGGGACUGCCUUGGACUGCGCGGGGAUACUCGACGAGCGUCGGCCGCGAAUGUGCGAGUACUGGGUGCUGUGGACCAGGGUCGUCGAGAUGCUGCCCGUCGUGAUCAGGGCCCGUAUGCAGGAGCGCUCGCUCAGAGCCGAGAUGCAGCGUGAGGUGGACAGGUUGGCACUUGAGAAAUCUGAGGAAGCGGGGAGGUAUCGAGAGCUGCAGAAGGAGUUGCUGGCCAUACGUGUCCAGAGGACGUCGGCAAAUGUCGCGUCGACGUCGUAG